AUAUAUAUAUUUUUUUAGUUGACAUUUGGUCAGUAGGAUGCAUUAUGGCCGAGCUGUUAACUGGAAGAACACUAUUUCCUGGAACAGAUCAUAUUCAUCAAUUGAACUUAAUUAUGGAAAUUUUGGGUACUCCACGAGACGAGUUUAUGAAAAAAAUAUCGUCAGAAUCGGCCAGAAAUUAUAUUCAGAGUUUACCGCCACUGAAGAAAAAAAACUUUAAAGAUGUAUUUCGUGGAGCUAAUCCUUUAGCUAUUGAUUUGUUGGAAUUGAUGUUGGAAUUGGAUGCAGAAAAAAGGAUCACUGCUGAACAAGCUUUAGCACAUCCAUAUCUUGCACAAUAUGCAGAUCCAACUGAUGAACCUGUUUCUCUACCAUAUGAUCAAAGUUUUGAGGAUAUGGACUUACCAGUCGAAAAAUGGAAAGAACUUGUAUACCAUGAAGUUGUGAACUUUGUUCCACAGCAGCUACCCACAUUGUCUUCAACAAUUGAAACGACUUCUUAAAAAUACAUUUAGCAAGAGUCAUAUGGAUUUAAAUACAGUAAGAUAUGAUAGAGAUUAACACAGAAUAAAUAAUAUCGUGAAUAAGAUACACAUACAUAUAUAUACACACACACACAUAAUUGUUCUAUACAAAAACCACAAUGUACAUAAUUUAUAUAUAACAUUUCGUUAGUUAUUCGAGUUUUGUCUAUCCAGAGGAUAGUAUGUAUAUUUUUGUUGAAAGAGAAAACAAAACACAUUUGUUGUUUAAUCUGAUUAUUAAUUGAAUAUCGAUUUAUCAAUAAUGCUUAUUUUUACACAACAAUAUGUUUGUGUAUAAAUUUUUUUAGUUAUUUUAUCAAAUAUCAUCUCUUAGUCCAGGAAGAGAAAUUGCACGCAAUAAAAUUAAUUUAUCAUAAAAUAUAUAUAUAUGAUUGAAUAUAUCAUAUAUAAAUUAUGAUGAACUUGCCAUAUGAUACAGUAAAAUUAUGUAGUACUGAUUAUAGUAGCUUUAGGUUUAAAUGUACAUUAGUAAUAUAACAAUUCUAAUGCUUGUCAUUUUUUUAAUGAUGCUAUUAAAUUUAAAAGAUAGGAGCGAAAUAUUUUCCUAUUUAAGCCGCCUCAACUUAAUAAAACGACCAAUAUUUAUGAAACUAGGAUUAAAAAAUUGUAAUUGCCAGUAAAGAAAACAAAAAUUGUAACAAUAAAAUCAAAAUAAAUGUACAACGACUAGACAUUAUAACAAAUUAAGAAUUGCAUACUUGCAAAGGAUAUUGUUAUAAAAAAUUGUAGAAGAAUUUACAGAUAGAUAUUUACGGACAAUUUAUAUUUAUAUACUUCUAUAGUAUGUGAUAUAUGUGAGAAGAAAAUAUGUAUAAGGACAUACAUAUCUGGAAUAAGUUAAUGAAACUUAAUACGAUCUCCUCUCAGAAGACUUUCAUUUAUUUUUAAUCAUUAUGUGUCAUUCAUUUUUUUUCCAUGUCUUCUAAAUUUUUGUGUAUUUGUAAUCAAACAAUACAAUGAAUAAGCUUGCUAUAACAUUUGUAACAUAUUCUGCAUUGGUACACAUCUUCCAAGAAAUAUCAGCUUAAUAAUUAAUCUAAGAGCAAAAUGACCAGUAUUUGAAUAUAUAUUUUGACAUAAAUAGUAUUGUGGUUGGAAAGGUUAAUUAACCUAUUUGAUUUAACAUAAAUUAUAUUCCUUAAUAAUGCCAAAUGUAUGGACUGGGGAAGAUACUGAAAAAUUAAUAGCACUCUAUGGGCAAUAUCAGUGUUUGUGGAAUCCAUUUCACCCUGAAUUCAAUAGCACAUUGUCACGUUAUAAAGCAUACAAGAAAAUAAAAAAUUCCAUUAAUAUCCCUGGAUUAACGAUAUGUGAUUGCAUUGAGAGAAUUACAAAUGUAAAAAAAGAAUACUGUUAUGAACUAUCAAAAAUCACCGCAGCUAUAUUUUGUGAAAAAUUGUAUGCACCAAAAGCAGAAUGGUUUAAAAGAAUGCAUGUACUCUUUUUUCCAUAUAUGCCGACAUCUUUUUAUAAUGAUUUUAAAAAGGUAUAUGAUGUAAUACAAAACAAACAAUUAUUUAAGGAAUUGUUACAGCCUUGAUUGCUAUAUUUAUAUAAUAUUGUAAUAGUGAUUAUAAAAUCAUAAAUAACAAUCUCUUAUAAAAUCAA